AUGUUUUGCUCAAGUUCUUUAAGACCUCUAAGAGGAUCAAUAACAUCUGUUUAUAAAAUAUCUAAAAUAUCAUCACAUUCUGCAACAAAGUUACUAAUAAAGCGAACUUUUGUUAACGGAUCUUGGACAACAUACAAUAAAUCGUACUCCAACUAUAACAGCAGCAAUAAUAGCAAUAGUAAUGAUGGCGGAAGUUCCAAUUCAAAUUACACACAUCAUCACCAAUUACAAGACACCCCAAAUAAUACUUUUAGCUACAACACUUCCGUAGCUUAUCAGCCAAAAGAUAGGGAAGAUCAAAUAUACAAAAAACUUAUAGCAUCCAAGAAAUCGCCAACUGGAGAAGAUAACUUAUUUAUCAAUUGUUCAAGUCUAAAUGACGAGGUAUUUGCCGCAGUAGCAGAUGGGGUUGGUGGAUGGGCAGAAUAUGGGUUCGAUUCUUCAGCUAUAUCAAGAGAAUUGUGUGAAAACUUAAAUGUAUUUUCUAAUAGUUUUUUUCAAUUACAAACCACAAAUGCUGUGACAAAGGCACCUAAGGAACUAUUGGAUCUUGCAUAUUUAAAAACAAAGAAAGAUGGAAUUGUAGAGAUUGGCUCAACAACCGCACUAGUUGCUCAUUUAGAUCCAAAAGGGUGUCUACAAAUCGCGAAUUUAGGUGACUCUUGGUGUGGUGUGUUUAGAGAUAACAAAUUAAUCUUUCAAACUGAAAAUCAGCUAUUAGGCUUUAAUACACCAUUCCAACUGUCAAUUAUUCCUGACUCUUUCCUGAAAGCCAGAAAUCAAAAUAAAAAUUCUUAUAUCCAAAAUUUGCCAUCGGAUGCAGAUGAAUAUUCCUUUCAAUUAAAACCUAACGAUAUUGUAAUUUUGGCAACUGAUGGGGUUACUGACAAUAUUGCUACUGGUGACAUUGAGCUGUACUUAAAAGACAAUUACGACAAUAAACAAUUAAAUAACAAAGAAUUGCAAGAUUUAACUUCGAAGCUGGUUCAGAAUAUCGUUAAAAUUAGUAAAGAUGAAAAUUUCCCCAGCGUCUUUGCACAAGAAUAUACAAAUUAUACGGGUGUUCCCUGCAAAGGUGGUAAACAAGAUGAUAUAACAAUGAUCCUUAUCAGAGUUAAUUAA